AUGGGGUCGACCGCUACGGGAAAGACCAGACUCUCCGUUGCCCUUGCUACUCAGUUUUCGGCGGAGAUUAUCAAUCUGACAAAAUCCAAGUUUACAAGGGGCGGAUAUCAUACCAACAAAGCUCUUCCCAUGAAAAUCGUGGUGUACCUACCAUUUGUUAGGGUUCUGGACCCUGAUGAAGAUUUCACAGCUCAAGAAUUUUGUCGACAUACCAUGAUGACCAUUCAUCGUAUUAUAGAAAAGGGUCGUAUCCCGAUCAUCGUCGUAGGCAAACGGGUUGAUAACAUGGUUGAAAUGGGGUUAGUGGAUGAAGUCAGAGAAAUGUUUGAUCCUGAGGAGACUAUACGCGGGGAGUCCGCGAGCUAUGGGGCUCCGGAGAUGCACAAUCAGCUUGAGAAGAUUCGAAGACUUAGAGAUGAGCUCGGGUGGGAGAUUCACCGGAUUGAUGCGACUCCUGUAUUUGACAACAAUGGGAAGAAAGAAGCAGAAGAAGCAUGGGAGAAUGCAGUGAUGAAACCUAGCUUGAAGAUAGUUGGAAAUUUUUUGAAAGAGAAGAAGAAGAGUCAUCAUGUUUGA